AUGAAGCUCUUGUCCGUUGUCACCACCCUGGCCAUCCUCUCGACGACUGUCUCCACGGGACCUGUCGCAUACGGCGUUUGCCAAGCUGGUUGUGCGGGUGUCGUCAUGGCUUGCUACGGUGCAGCCGGGUACACCUGGGGUGCUACUGUCGGAGCUACAGCCCCAGCAACAAUCAUAGCCUGCAACAGCGCGUUUGGGACAUGCAUCCCAAAGGUAAGCCCAUUGCUUUUCGAUACUGGCGAUUACCAAGCCAGGCUCCUGGGGGUUGAGCCUUAUACCAAUCCUCUCUAG